AUGCAUGAAAGACAAGCUGCUCGAUAUGCAAUCAUAGUCAAAUAUACCGGAAAGUGUAGUGUAAUUGUCAUAGCUGCACCAGUAAUUGUCAUAGCCGCGCCAGUAAUCAACAACAACGGCGUCAGUGCCAUCAGCGACGUCUUCGGUCGUGAUGCCACCUGCAACCCUGUGUUCUCCAGUGACCCCAGAAUCAGGGCCGAGCAGAAGGCGACCGAGCAGCGGAUGAAGGUUCUAACUGGCGAGUACAAGGCCGUCGAAAAGAAGUGCCCCAGCGAUGCCUUGACCAAGUUCGGAAAGAAGGGUGGUGAUAAGAACGCCAAGGAAGCUCUCAAGCAGAAGUGUAUCGAUGGUUACACUGCAUGCGCUCAGAAGCGUGAGCUUGCCAACAAAGCAUGUAUUGCUGCCGAUAGACAGAUCGAUGCAGGCCACAAGGGAGCUGUCACUUUUUGCAGGACUAAGGCUGCUGAGUGGCGUGCCAGGAAGGUUCAGUGA